AUGAACAUUUCAACCUUGAAGGCUUUUUCUGUUCGGAGAUUAAAUCAUCACCAUCAUCAAUUCUAUAAUAUUAUCAAUCCAUAUUCAUAUCAUCAACAACAACAACAACAAUUAUUUUCAACAUAUCAAUAUAUAAAUAGAAUUAAUCAAAUUAAAAUUAAACAAUUAGGUCCAAAUUCAAAUUUAUUACCAAAAUCAGUAACUUUUGUUGAAGAAAAUAAGAAAACUGUUUUACAUUGGAGAUUAAUUUAUUUUAUUUAUAUUGAUAGAUUUUAUACUAAAAAUUUUAUUAAUUCUAUAAAUGAUUUAUAUUCUCAAUUUGGUAAUAUUCCUAAAAAUAUAUUAACUAGUUGUCCUUCUCAAUUAUUUGAUUUAUUUAAAGAAGAUUAUAAUUUACAAUAUGCUAUUGAAUUAUCUCAAAUUAAUUUAACUGAAGCUCCUGUUUUUGCUCGUUUAAAUGAUUUGAAAUUUAAUUCUCUUUCUAAUAAUAGUAAUAUUAUUUCUAAUAAUAAUAAUAGUAGUAAUAAUACCAGUAGUAAUAAUAGUGAAAAUAAUGAUAAUUCUAAUUCUUCUAAUAUUUCUAAUAACAAUUCAAAUGAAAAGAUAAUAUUAAAAAAGUUUAUUAAUAGAUUAUCAAAUAAUUAUUCUGAAAUUGUUGGACAAAUAUUACCAAGUGAAAAUUCUAAAUUUGGAUUUAAAUUUGAAAAAAAAGCAGAAUUUAGACAAUGGAAAGAAUAUAAAGAAGGAUUAUUUGAUAUUCAAGAUGAAUCAUCUCAAUUAAUAGUUCAAGAAUUAAUUAGAAAUAUUGUAAUGAAAGAAAUUAAAACAUUAAAACCAUUAAUUUUAGAUUAUUGUUGUGGAACUGGUGGUAAAACAUUUGCAUUUGCAGGUUGUUUAAAUGGAAAGGGACAAAUUUAUAUGCAUGAUGUACGUUCUGAAAAAUUAUUUCCCGAAUUAAAAAGAAGAGCACAAAGAUUAGGAAUUGAAAAUAUUCAACCCAUUGAACAUGAUCAUUCACAUUGGGAUAAAUUGAAAGAUAAAAUGAAUUUAGUAUUGUGUGAUGUUCCAUGUACAGGAACAGGUACUUUGAGAAGAAAUGUUGAAACCAAGUACAAGAUUAAUUAUCAAUGGUUACAAGAAUUAACUGAAAAACAACGUGAUAUUAUUCAAAAAGCAAUUCCAUUCGUUAAACAAGAUGGUUAUUUCCUCUAUUCUACAUGUUCAAUUUUGAAAAAGGAAAAUGAAAAACAAUUGGAAUGGAUUUUGAAAAAGUACAAGAAUUUCCAACUCGUUCACACUGUAAAGAUUUUACCAACCAUUGAUGGUUCAGAUGGAAUGUAUGGUGUUUUAUUAAAGAGAAUAAAUUAA